AAAAAUUGUGGGCUUUUGACCUGGAAAGUGCUGAAAUGAGCUCUUGUUUAUCUGACUCGGAAGCUACCAAUCAGGAAGCUAACUUCAUCUCCGGGUGAUUCUCACGCUGCUUCUCUUUAUCUCAGUCCUCGUCUUAUGACUUCCAAGGCCAUGAAUCUCCCAACCUUCACUGCGUCUGACUAGUUUAUAAACGUCAUGCUGCUGCUAAGCCUACACUCCGACCGACCCCGAUAAGAGCGUCCCGGUUUCCCCUCCCGGUGCAGACAGUAGGGAGGAGGUUAGCUCCAGGAUGAGGCGCCUGCUGCUCAGCCGCGCUGUUAAUGCUCCUGCAACCUUUCGGGCCAUGUGGCUGCUGAGGUCUGCGUUUACAUCGAAGAGCCGGGCAUUUAUCCUGCGCACACCCUCUAUGCAGGGCGACAGCAUUUGCAACGGGACGCACAGCAAGAAGGCGUUGCUGUCGGACCCUCAGCUGUUUGAUGCCAAGUUCGAGGAGCUGGUGACCGAGCUGACAGAGAGGGACCUGCGGGAUCCUGGGCUGGCGGACGCCCUGAACAGGCUGAGAGAGGUUUUAAAUUACAAUGUUCCCGGAGGCAAGAAGAACAGAGGGCUGUCGGUGAUUGGCUCCCUGAGGGAGCUGCUUCCGGCCUCCCAGCUCACCCAGGAUGCUGUGCAGCGAGCGCUGACGGUGGGCUGGUGCAUUGAGAUGCUUCAAGCGUUUUUCCUCAUGGCGGAUGACAUCAUGGAUGCAUCUGUGACUCGGAGAGGACAGCCUUGCUGGUACAAGAGGGAUGGAAUAGGGCUAGACGCAAUAAAUGAUUCUUUUCUCGUGGAGUCGUCAAUAUACAGAUUACUUCGGAGGCAAUGCAGGGAUCAGCCCUAUUAUGUCCAUUUACUGGAGCUUUUUAAUGAGACCACUUUCCAGACUGAGUUUGGUCAGACACUGGACCUCCUGACGGCUCCACCGGGUCAAAUUGACCUUAACAGAUUUACCCUGGAGAGAUAUAAAGCCAUUGUGAAAUACAAGACUGCUUUUUACUCGUUUUAUCUCCCAGUGGCCUCUGCAAUGUACAUGGCAGGAAUUAACAGCGAAGAGGAACACAACAACGCCAAACACAUCUUACUGGAGAUGGGCGAGUUCUUCCAAAUACAGGAUGACUUCUUGGACUGCUACGGUGACCCUGCAGUGACUGGAAAGAUCGGGACGGACAUCCAGGACAACAAAUGCAGCUGGUUGGUGGUGAAAGCCCUGCAAGUGAUGACUCCUGAGCAGAGAUCGGUGCUGGAGGCUUGCUACGGGCGCAAGGACGAAGCCAGCGUGGCAAAGGUCAAAGAGCUGUACGACGCCCUUCAAAUGCCGACGCUGUAUCACACGUACGAAGAGGAGAGCUACCAGCGGCUGCAGGAACUCAUCGCUCGGCACGCUCGGAAACUCCCUCACUCCAUCUUCCUCAACUUCGCCAAGAAGAUUUACAAGAGGAACAAGUGAGGGGGCGGAGCCAGCCGUAGAACGUCACAGAAGAGAACUGUAGCCGAGCUGUAAAAAUCAAUUUGUCAGCGAUCUGCACAGACGAGAUUCAGUAGCUUUACAGCGAGUUAUGAAUGUCAUGGAGCACCUUUUUUAUUAACUGAGAAAGGGGUUCAUUUGCCUCAGAAAAUUCUCAUAGAGGUAUUGUUUAUAUUUUGACAACAAUGUUCUAUAAAGAGUCGUUCUGUAUUUGGGCUCCUGUAGGGGCUGUGCAUGAGUCAAAGCAGAUGUUUUCCUGGGAGACUAUUGCCUGACAUCUUUUUUAUGGUUUUUGUAAAGUACCUAAGUAAGUAAUUGCACUUAAUAAAUUAUUUAUACCAUGUGCCUUUUUGUAUCUUUUUUCUGUGUAAUUAAAGCAAUUAACAGCAACUGUGUUUUGCUGAGAGAAAAAAAAAAA